CGGGGCGGCGGGCUGGCUCCUCAGCAGUCCGCGGCUGCGGCGGCGGCGGCGUCGGCGGCGGCUGCGACGGCGACAUGGAGAGCGGGGCCUACGGCGCGGCCAAGGCGGGCGGCUCCUUCGACCUGAGGCGCUUCCUGACGCAGCCGCAGGUGGUGGUGCGCGCCGUGUGCUUGGUCUUCGCCUUGAUCGUGUUCUCAUGCAUCUUCGGUGAGGGCUACAGCAACACCCACGAGUCCAGUCAGCAGUACUGCGUGUUCAACCACAACGAGGAUGCGUGCCGCUUCGGCAGCGCCAUCGGGGUGCUGGCCUUCCUGGCCUCGGCCUUCUUCUUCGUGAUCGACGUCUAUUUCCCCCAGAUCAGCAACGCCACUGACCGCAAGUACCUGGUCAUCAGCGACCUGCUCUUCUCAGCUCUCUGGACCUUCAUGUGGUUCGUCAGCUUCUGCUUCCUUGCCAAUCAGUGGGCAGCCACCAAGCCGGAAUACGUGCUGGUGGGAGCCGACUCGGCCCGGGCGGCCAUCGCCUUCAGCUUCUUUUCUGUCUUCUCCUGGGGCGUGCUGGCCUCCUUGGCCUACCAGCGCUACAAGGCCGGAGUGGAUGACUUCAUCCAGAACUACGUGGACCCCACUCUGGACCCCAGCACGGCCUACGCCUCCUACCCAGGCGCGCCUGUGGACAGCUACCAACAGCCGCCCUUCACCCAGAACGCCGAGACCACAGAGGGCUACCAGCCGCCCCCCGUGUACUGAGCUGCGGCCGGGGAUGGUAAGGGGAGGAGGGAGGGCGCCUGGGGGGCCUCCCCUCUUCCCGGACUCCUCCCCUGAGGCUGGUCUCCCAGAGCUGCCGGCCCCGCUCGAUCCACCUGGGGCCUGUCGGAGCUGACGCACGGCCUGGAGAGAGAGCCUCUGCCUCCUCGUCCUGGCUGCUGGCCUCAGAGCCUCGGCCUGUGCCCCAGGGGGCUUCACCUACCACUCCUCGAGGGCAUUUUUUAGGGAAGGGUUUUUGGUUGGAUGGGUUUUGUCAUUGCUUUUAAUGAUCCCCAACCCCACCUGAAGUAGCUCCAAGGGCCCGAUGUGCUGGUUUGACAAGUGCCUUAGCUUCUCCCCAGCCUGAAGGAGCCGGGCCACGUGCAGGCCUCGGUGGCCACCGCCCUCUGGGGGUCUCUGCCAAAGAUGAGGCUGUGGGGCCUUCCCCCUGCUCUGCUGCUGGCACUGGGCUGGGGCUCCUUUCCUCCUCACUCAGGUUCGUUCUGCCCCCAGCCCCCUGCCCCCUGCCUGCUCUGCGAGCGGCAGCCCGUGCUCACUGCUGAAGUGUCUGCUCGCUUGGAUCUGGGCUCUGUGCCAGUGCCUCUGGGUCACCUUCCUGACAGCCUAGGCGCAGGGCUGGUGCCGCCCCCCACCAGCGGGCUCGGGCGGGCAGCACUGUCUCUGCUCCCACCCCUUGGCCGCAGGAAGGGGCUUUGCCUGACGACAGCACCCAGCUUUAUGUAAAUACCCCAGCACCGUUAGUUGGGAGGCGUGGAGCACACCCACAGCCCCCAGGCUGCUCUGAAUGUGUUGCAGAGCCUCGGGGGAGAUGCACAGCACCCUUGGAUUCUGUUGACUAACUUUGGAGAUGGAAUAAAUGUUUUUCUCAUUCAUAA